AUGCCAUCUCUUCACCUCUCUCGAGUCCUUUGCUUCGCCUUGGCACUUUUGCCUGCUGCGAAAGCUACCUCAAUCCCAUCGUAUUCGAAACAUACUCAGGAUGCAAAGAAUGGAGCUGUUGCUAGCGAAAGUUCGAUUUGCUCACAAAUCGGUAUUGAUAUUAUGAAAGAGGGAGGAAAUGCCGCUGAUUCCAUUGUCGCAGUACAGCUCUGCGUGGGAGUAGUUGCGAUGUAUCAUUCUGGUAUCGGAGGCGGUGGUUUCGCGACUGUGCGAUCAGCCAAUGGAACUUAUGAGUUUGUUGAUUUUCGUGAGAUGGCUCCCGCCGCUGCUUUCGAAACUAUGUACAAUCCUCCUCUUUCCAACACAGCUGCCUCCCUCUAUGGCGGGAAACGUUAUGCCGAUACGCUUGAAGUCAUUGCCGAACAUGGUCCAGAUGCAUUUUACACAGGCGCCAUUGCAAAUGCCACAAUCACCGCACUCCAGAAAGCAAAUGGGACCAUGACCCUUUCGGAUUUGAAAAAUUACACCAUCGAGUCCCGAGCUACCGCGAACACCACUUAUCGAGGCUUCAAAAUUUUUAGUGGAAGUGCGCCAUCUAGUGGUGCUGUAGUCUGCAGUGUAAUGAACAUUGUCGAGGGCUAUGAUAUGUCGACCCCAAGUCAGCUGAACUACUCGACACAUUACUUGGACGAGGGAAUGCGCUUCGGCUACGGACAGAGAACCUUGUUGGGAGAUCCCAAGUUCCUCGCAAACUUAACAAGUUACCAAGAUAAAAUGUUAUUAAAAGCCACAGCUGCUGAAGUUCGAUCGAAGAUUGAGGAGAAUCAAACUUUGAAUGUAUCUGCUUACGAUCCUUCAAAUUUCGAAAUUCUUUCCGAUAGUGGAACAUCUGCCAGUGUUACUGCUGACAAGAGCGGUCUUACGAUCGCCUUGACCUCUACAAUUAAUACUGUGUUUGGUAGCAGAGUCAUGAUUCCAGAGACCGGUGUCGUAAUGAAUAAUGAGAUGAAUGAUUUCUCCAUCCCCGGCGCAGUCAACGCAUUCGGCUACCCCCCCUCCCCAGCAAACUUCAUCCGACCAUUCAAGAGACCCCUCUCCUCCAUCUCCCCCACCAUCGUCGAAUUCCCCAACGGCACCGUCUACAUUUCUCAUGCCUCCGCUGGUGGUUCCCGCAUCAUUACAGAAGUAAUCCAGCAUCUCUGGAACGUACUCGACAAGAAUAUGACUUCAGCAGAAAGUGCGCGUCAACCAAGAUUCCACGAUCAAUUAUCUCCCAACACCGCCGCCUUUGAAUAUGGAGAUCCAACUUUCGGAGUCGAGGGUUACAGCAAUGAGACCACGGCUUUCUUCAGAGAAAUCGGAGCCAAUGUAACAUUCAUGGCUUUGGGAACUUCGACGGCCCAAUCACUGAGACGAUUAGGGAAUGGAACGUUUGAGGCUGCUGGUGAGCCUAGGCAACUUAAUAGUGCUGGUUAUGCGAUUUAG